UAGUGUUGAAGACAAAGGUUUCCGAUAAUUGUGACAAAUUUCUGAUUCAGUAUCGCUAUCAGUUCCGCUGCAAAUUCGCUUUGUUAUACUUCUCGUAAUUUCUUGCGUGUAGGUGAUAAACAUACAUAAAUAGAACGGCGUAAACUACAUCGGCUGGUGUGCGCGUGAGAAGAAAAUCAGGAUAAGGAAAGUACAGUCGCCAUUCAGGAGCCUGUAACUAACGUUUGGCGGCGGCUUGACCUGCGUAUAUCAAGUCAGUCGUUUAUGCGAAGGGCGUGACCGACUUAAUACGACAAACGUGAUCGCGUUAUUGAAAAUUGAUAGUCUUAGUUUUUGGUGUUUACGCAGGCGCGACGUUAUCACACUUGAUUCGCGAUAAGCUCCGCGAUGGCAGUGGUGUUCUUAUCAGAGUGAUAACAGUUAUAAGUGUCAGUGAGUUAUGCGCUGUUCCCGGAGGUACAGUACUGGUGGUGGCAAUAAUCAAAAUUCAGUCAACGCCUCUAAGUGAUUGUUGCAAGUGACCAUGAAACUGAAAUGUAUUCACCUUUUGAUCGUUGUGCUUGUUUCGUGCGGCGCAGUGGUGGCUCAAAACGAGGAUGAAUUGCCAAAUCCUUUGGAGAAUGAUAACCAGUUCCCGCCAGAGAAUCACGUUGAGGGGGACGAGGUCGUAGAGGGCAGCGGUGAUGGUACCAUCGAGACCACCACAGACAGUAGCCCUGUCCUUGAAGCAAUACAACCUACAAAUCAGUUAGUCGAGGAAGCAAGCAAAGCCCCGGACAGCGAAAUACCUUGCCCGGCACGCUGUUCGUGCAUGACAGAAGGAGACGCAUUCACAGUGGAUUGUGCUGGAUUUGAUUUAACAGAAUUUCCUACCCCUAUAGACGAAAAGACUACCGUGUUAAAACUGCGCAAUAAUAAAUUAACUGAAAUCCCUAAAAGUAUAUCCUCAUUGAAGAAUUUAAAAGUACUUGAUGCAGAUAACAACUCUAUCAUGGAACUUAAAUCUGGAUCAAUAAGCGAGCUCCCUAAUUUAACAGUUCUGAAACUAGCAAACAAUCGUUUGAUAGAAUAUCCGAGCGACCUAAGGAACAGUUUGCUACUCAACAAGUUAGAGGAGUUGGAUUUGGGUGGCAACGACAUGAGAACGGUGCUUGACGCAAACACAUUUUCCAACUUCGAAUCGCUGCGUACAUUGACCCUUGCCACCAGUACUGUAGAACUGAAGGAAGAUAUUUGCAACAAGCUAAAAAUCUCUUUAGUAACCAUAUGCACCAGUUCAUGCGGAUCGGACAUGUACGAAUGUGACACAGAUAAACCUAUAAAUAACGAGGACGAAUUGCUUUUGGAAUCGGAAGCUAAGUUACCUGGAACUCUGAUAGAUCCCCAAAUACCUAAGGAAAUCAAUGACACUGAUGUCGAUUCAGGUACUGAGGAAACUCCAGCGGAAGUGCAGUCAUCCAGCGAUAAAGCAAAUAGCGAAAGCGGAUCAUUUGUUAACAACUUUUCCUUGCGUGUGGCUGCAGACAAUACACCGUCAGAAGGAGAAACUGUGUCUUCAGAUAAACCCGUCAGCGAUACCCAUCAAGAUGCUACUGAGGCUGACGCGAACGUAAAGGUUGGAGCAACCACAUCUGACACUAAAACCGGAGGAGUGGACAAAAGCGUAAUCGGCAUUAUCGUAGCUGCCAUGGUGGUAGUAGUAGCAGGAGUAACCAUAAAGAAGAACUGGAGUUCAAUCAAGAAACGGUUUAGCUCGUCUCCCAGGCCAGCGAACGAGAGAGUUGCGAAUGGAAAUGGAACGGCACCCGAAGAAGUCCCAUUACAAGACAACAAGUCACCCGUCUGAGUUAAUUUAUGUUGACACAGUUAUUUACAUUUAAAUUGUACUUUAAAGCCUUACUUAAAAUUGUGACGAAACGUAUGGCAUUUGAUAUAAACUCUCGGUUUUGUGACGACGGCUCAUCGGCUGUUAAAGGUACAUUAAGUUAAAAAUGCCCAUAAUUGUACAGUUUGUUAUUGGAUAUGAACGGUUUCGAUCUGAAUGUUAGAGCAUUAUUUAUUCACGAAAUGUUAAUAAGGGUGCAAAUAGAUUAAGUGUUGUUAGGGAUACGUUUUUUAUGUACAUAAAGAUAUUAUAGUUUCAUUGUACUUGUACGUAUUAUGUUAUGACAAAAUGUGUUUUAUAAUAUAAUAUAUGUAUUCA